UAGAUGUAUGUGAAAUGUCAGGAGAGAAUACUUCUAGAAUAUUGUUACACAGCCCGGAAAACUCACAGCAGUUCAGUGAUUCCGGCCAUGAAAGCCUUCGACAACACAUUAGGAAGAACUUCCUGUUAGUAAGAGCCAUUCAGCAGUGGAAUAUGCUGCCUUGGAGCAUGGUGGACUCUCCUUUCUGAAGGCCGGAUGCCCAUCUCUAGGGGGUGUUUUGGUUGUGUUUUCCUGCAUGACAGAAUGUGGUUGGACUGGGUGGCCCGUGUGAUCUCUCCCAACUCGACAGUUCUAUGAUUUCAUUAGUAACUUGUCAGUCUUUUCAGAUCAUACAUUUCAGCAUUAAUAAUGAGCGCAUAACUAUCCAUAACGAGGAGCCAAUCCUGGUGGUUCACAUGGCCAAUAUCAUGCACAGCAUUCUGGGCAGACUGCUGAUUACAAGUACAGUAUAGGGUUGCUGUGAGUUUUCCAGGCUGUAUGGCCAUGUUCCAGAAGCACUCUCUCCUUAUGUUCCACCCACAUCUAUGGCAGGCAUGCUCAGAGGUUGUGAGGUUUGUUGGAAACUAGGCAAGUGGGGUUUAUAUGUCUGUGAAAUGUCCAGGGUGGGAGAAAGAACUCUUGUCUGAGGCAAGUGUGAAUUUUGCAGUUGAUCACCUUGCUUAGCAUUGAAUAGCCUUGCAGCUUCAAAGCUUGGCUGCUUCCUGCCUGUGGGAAUCCUCUGAAAGGUCUACAUAGGGACUGCCAAACGCAGUGCCCAAACACAAAUCAAGGCACUGCAGACUAAUUCAACCAGAGAAGUCAGCCAUAGGAGAGCAUUUGAUGAACCAACCUGGACACAGCAUAUUUGAGAACACAGUAAUGCUGGACCACUCUAACAACCACCAUGUCAGACUACACAGAGAAGCCAUUGAAAUCCACAAGCAUAUGGACAAUUUCAACAGAAAGGAGGAAACCAUGAAAAUAAACAAAAUCUGGAUACCAGUAUUUAAAAAACCCUCUAAAAUCAGGACAGUAAAUAAAGAACAACAUGCAAAAACAGGAAUUCCAGACAAGAAACAAUCAGGACCAAUUAAUCCCCUCCCAACAAAAGUUUCUCCCAGGCAGGAAGCAGCCAAGCUUUGAAGCUGCAAGGCUAUUCAAUGCUAAUCAAGGUGAUCAACUGGACCAUUCACACUUGCCUCAAAUAGACAAGAGUUCGUUCUCCCACCCUAGAGAUUCCACAGUUAUUGUCUAGUUUCCAACAACAACAAAACAAAACAACAACAACAAAACUUUAUUUGUAUUCCACCCUAUCUCCCCAAGGGGACUCAGGGCGGAUAAACCUCACAACCUCUGAGAGUGCCUGCCAUUGUGGGUGAAACAUCAGGAGAGAAUGCUUCUGGAACAUGGCCAUAUAGCCUGGAAAACUCACAGCAACCCAGUGAUUCCGGCCAUGAAAGCGUUUGACAACACAAGUACAGUAUAUAUCAAGUUCAGAGGUAAAGCUCAUCCUGGAGCAAAUCCUCCUUCUCCCCUCCCUGUAGUAAUAUAAUGAGUAUGACGAAUAUGAUUGGAAGUCGGUUCUUGUCAGAUCGCUUCCAUCAGAUCCCCAUAUAUCAUAUUAGCCCUCUCGUGGGCACAAGCGUGCAGACAGCCCUCUGCUGCCUUGCAAUGACGAUACUCAGGACAGCGAUUUUGUUUCCUCUUGGAUUUCUUUUUUACACUUUUUAAAUACCUGAAGCAAUCCGUGUUGGCAAACCUUGCUUGAGCAUCUUGGCUCUAUUCCUCCCACUGAUCAUGUACCAGUUGCUGACAGUAAUGCUGUAUGCUACCCUGGAAGCCCUUGCUGGGCGUACGGCUUUAGCUGUCAUUCAGGUGCCACAUCACACAAACCAGAGUUGGGGGCUACCCAGCUUGCUGGCCCACCUGAAGCGCUUGACAUCAUCAAAUAGCAACGCAACAACAAGUGUGAGCAGGGCCCGGCCCUCUGAAACAUGCCAAGGCUACUACGACGUGAUGGGGCAGUACGAUGCUGCCUUCAACUGUACUACGGGGGGAUACCGCUUCUGCUGUGGUACGUGCCAGUACCGGUUCUGCUGUGAUGACCGAUCCAGGAGGCUGGAGCAAGGGAAGUGUCGCGAUAGCCCUCAGUGGUUUGCAACGACCGUUGCUGGUGCAGCCACAAGUGGACCUGAUAUAGCAAAUGGGAACAAGCAACAGGGCAACAGCACUGUCUACGUCAUCUGUGGUGUCAUUAGCUUCACCUUAGCCGUGGGAGUUGGACUCAAGUUUUUCUUCAGCAAAGCUUCAAGGAGACCACAUGGAAGAGAACUCAAUGUACCCAGGGCUCUGGUUGACAUUCUGAGGCAUCAAGCAGGCACCACUUCAUGUUCUGAACGCAACAACAGCCUUGUAAUUAACUCAAACUUCCAAGACAAUGGUUCAGCUCGUCCUCCGAAGAACAUGUACAACACAGUGAAACCUUCCAAAACCAGCCAUGAUAACAUGCAUCACAAUUACAUCCAUUUGAAUGUCAACAGCCCUAAGCACCACACGGCCACUCUGGACUGGCACAUGAACCACACACCCAGCCACUCCAGCACCAAGUACAACACCCUCAGCUGCUCUCGCUCCUUCCACAACCUCUCCCAUCUGCCCCCGUCCUACGAGACGGCUGUCAAGUCAGAGCUCAACCGCUAUUCCUCUCUCAAACGCUUGGCAGCUGAGAAGGACUUGGACGAAUUCUAUGCCAAGAGGCGGCAUCUUGCUGAACUGACGCGCGGGACCCUGCCGUUACAUGCAAUGAAGAUGAAUUACGACAGGGAUGACUACUCAGAAAAGUCACACAACCCACGGCGUGUCAUGUCACAGGAACACAUCCUUUCAGAUGGUGGCGGCGGAGGGGGAACCUAUCGUCCCUCACACUAUGACUACACCAUUCCACGAGAGCGUGUCAUAUCUCAUGAGCGCCUCCUCUCCCGUGAAAACUUGCAUUCGCAGGAGCGCUUGCUGUCACCUGAACGUCUCCAUCAGCGCACGGGGCCCUUCCAGGAGAUGCAUUUAGGCCACCAGAAGGCUCUCUCUCAAACCAACGUGUGUGCCAGCAGUACCCCCAUGCUUGACCAUCAUCACAUGAUAAUUAAGAACUCUCAUGCCACCUCCAAUAAUUCUCCCAAGACAACUGCUCCUUGGGAAGCUGGUACUACUAGCCAGGCUGCUGCCCGGCGCCAAGGCUUUGCAGCCAAGAGGCAAAGCACCAUUGAUCAGGUCCAGUUCAUCCCUGGGCAUCACCCAACCCAACACCUCCCUACUGGUAGUAAGAAUGAGGUCACCGUGUGAGAUAUCCCUAUUUCCCAACUCAGGUUGAUUUCACUUUCCAAGGCCAUAUUUCUCACUCUUUUCUGCACCCCACACCCGUUCUUUGGUGCUCACCAUUUUUUAUUAGGGGUACCCCCAUUUAUUUAUUUUUUAGUCCUAAGGCCAUCAGCUUGAUUGAUGUCAAGUCCUAGCCUGGUAUUUGCUAAUGGUGCCAUCAUGGCGUUCACUGGCUUUUGAUGAUGUCCAUCUGACCUGCCAGGUCUUGACAAUCGAUGAUGAUGAUGAUGGCUGUAGGGAUUUGGUGAUAUUAGUGCUAUGUCAAGGCACGGCGAUGUCAAGGCCUGCUUGAUUUCUCAGAGGGCAUUGGCCAUGCUGUCUUGGUCAGUUUCUGAAAUGUCAAAAUGAAUAGAUCUCAUAGGCUUGAGGUUACCGCCAUCCAUUCCUAUGUCUGCUGAUAUCACUGCUGUCCAGAUCUGAUGAUCCCAAGGCUGAAUUGAUCGUCAUUGACUGGGUGUGCGGACUUUCAUGACAUCAGUAAUGUAGUCUUGGUAAUAGCUCUGGAUGUUACAAUUGCCAGAUUCCACCUAUCUUUGAUAAUACUAGCCUCACCCAUCAACAUUUGAUGGCAUCAUUGAUGUGAGCUUUGUCUCAGACUUUUGAAGAGUGGAGACAACACCUGUGGAUUUAUCAUGAGGUUGGCAUCUUCUGCCUCUUAAGCACCAUGAGCUUUGCCAACCCUUAUGGAUGCUCCAUUAACCAUCUGAUACCAUCGACACCAGCAGAGGUGUCAACACUGUGGACUCAGCUGCAGAUGAUACAAGCGCUGUGAGUCUUGUUGACCUCUGAUGUCUUCACCGUCAAAUUGAUGGUUUCAGCACUGUGGACCUUCGAUGACAUCAACGUUGUGUUACUUGUCAGUUACAGAUGAUGUCAAUGGAGAAAAAGGUUUGUCAGUAUAUGUGAUAUAAACCUUACAGUGCAUCACAUGGACUGAUAAAGUCAGCUGUGUAGGUAUUGUUAGUAUUAUAGAAUGUUGGGGCAAAUAAAUUAUGUUGAUAUUUGAAGAGGCCUUGCCAACAUUUGAUGAAAGUACUGCCAAUCUUGAUAAUUAAGAAUGAUGUCACGGUUCCUGUGCCUGUCACCAAUUGAUUUUAGCACAAUGGACUCAGCCAGAAGCUACACAUAUUAAACUAGCCAGGCUUCACAGUGAUGCUGACAUUUGGUGACUUCAUCACUGUGGGCCUCAUCCAGCAUGUUGACAUCACUCUGAGGUCCUCUAUCUUGGAUGAAAUCACCUCUCUGAGGCUUCAUCUGUUUUACAGUAUGGGUCACCAUCUUGAACCUGGUUCAAAUCUGCACCUUUGUAGGAUGUAAGGGGUUCCUGGCCCUGAUAAUGCACAUAGUGAGAUCAGGAUGUUAUCCUGAUGAUGUGAUGAUACACUUUGCUCACUGUGUAGCCAAGUGGACAGAUGAAAGCCUCUUCCUCACUUCUUCGUUCCAUGUGCUUCAAGACGGGAAAAGUGGAGAAUUGUGCCCAUCCUGUCUUGUUGCAUCUAGUUUGGUCAGUGCCAAAGGUGCAGGAAGUGGGAUAUCACACAAUACACUGACCUUUGCCACAUUCAUCCCAUCCUUCUUUUAUAACUCUAAUGUGUCUCUGCCCAUAAAAAGGUCUUGGGCAGGAUCAAGUUCAUCCCCCUUUGCUGUACAUAUCUUUAUAUAUUGCUAGCACUCUGACAAUUUUUCUAGUGCUUUUCAUUUACUUUCCCAUCACUGGGGGUAUGCAUCAGUGCCUCCUCUUUAGUUCAUGUGAUUGUGAUUUUUAAAAUGUCUCAGCUCUUUCAAACACUGUCACAACAAACAAACUUCCCAUAAUCCCCCCAGUUCCCCAGUGAGGCUCAGGAGUCUUUAAAAGUUUACUCCGCAUUAAAUCUUUUCUAACUAAAUGAUGAGACAUAGAAGGUAUGGCAAACAUUCAACUGGUCAGGGUAUUUAUUUAAAAACAUUUCAAAAUAAUAUUAAAUGUUUUAAUGACAUUUACUUUUUAAAAUAUUAUCUUCCCUUCCCAAACAUAAAUUAACAUUUUGGAAUAUAUAUGGGCAAUGUUAGCUGAAAGGUGUGUUUAGAGUACAGUGCUAUUUUCAGCUGCUACUCUUAUUAACUUUGACUUUCAAAUUUAAUCUGCAUGGUCCAUUAGAUAUUGAGAACCAGAUUCUAAUAUCUAUUUUAAGAAACAGUUUAAAUUAUUGCAGUUUUCAAGAUGCUGAAUAUUUUCACUUAUAGUACCUUAAAAAACCCACAACAGUUUCUGAUUGGUAAACUUUUAAUUGCCAUUCAUUCCCAUCUACCCAAAAUUCUUAGAGCUGGAUUGAAUGUUAUAUUAAGCCAAGCUUGAAAGUAAUUGAUUUAAAAUUCUCUUUAACUCAUAAUAUUUUUUCAACAAAAAUUUAGAAAUUGUGAUUGUAGUCAUUAUAAUGACAAUAGUAUUAAUGGGGCUAGUAAUGAGUACACGUGAUGCUGGUUUAUUACCUUUGAGGAGUUGCAGUUUUUUGCCCAUUUUUAUUCAUUCUAAUUUUUCACAGUAAAAGUAAUAUGUUACAAUUGAUGUAACUAAUUAAUUACAUAUUUUAACUAAACUGGUUAAUAUUAGCAUUAGCAUUGGCACUAACUGUCUGAACUCUGUGCUAAACCAUAGUUUAGAAGUACAAGACUGAGGCAGGCAAGCAUUGAAUCAGUUCCUCCUGUUAUUUGGUUAUGAAAAGAAGUCUGGAAGUCUUCACUUUAGAUUAACUGUACUCACGUUAUCCAAACCAGACAAACCUCAGUUUAUCUAUACAAGGAUUAGAAGAAACAAGGCAACUUCAAAUAAUAAUUUAAUAGUUAUGAUUGAUCACAGUUCAGAUUGCAUGGCAGACUAAAAUAUGGCCAAUCUAACAUGGAUCCCAAAUCCAUCUGUUCGUUGUACUUUAAAAAAAAAGAGAAAUGGAAAUGUGAGAACCAGUGCUUGCCUAGCUUCAUUCUUUACACACUAAACUGUGGUUCAAAUGCAGCCAAUAUUUAGAUUGCAAUCCUAUUCACACUUACCUGGGAAUAAGUCUCAUUGAUACUUAUAUAAAAAUGGGGAUUGCACUUCAUUUUCUCCACCUUCUUCAGAGAAUGUUUGGUAGGGAAAAUUAUUUUUGUUUUGUGUCUUGUUUUUUGUACUCUGUUCAUUCAGACGGGGAAGUACUGGAGGAAACAGUUUAUACUAAUAAGGAACCCAAUUUGAAAUAUUGAAUUUAUGUCUGUGAAUAAGGUAUGGGGACAAAACUUGGAGUGAUAUUCAAAAAUGUUGCUGCCAAGAAUUGAAAAGCAUAAGAUGCUUAAGGUUGUGGACAUUUAUGACAACAGUAUUCCAAACAUGAUUUGUUUCCAAAUAGAUUUGUUUGUUUUGUUGUUUAGUUUUUAGAACAUUGUUUUCGCCUUCCAGUCUUUCCUCCUUCCUAUUUUACUGUUCAGUCAUGUUCCUAUGUAACAUUCCGAGAUCAGAAGUCUUUGUCCAGUUGGAAAUAGCCACAAUUAUAAGCUCUUUUUAUUUUAGCCUCUAGUCUGAUGGGUCCUUAAUAAUUGUACAUAUCUACAUGUAGAAGGCCCAAGAUGUUGUUCAGGAUGUUGCGUUUUUAUUUCCAGUAGCCCCUGGGAGUGUAGAUAAUAAUACUGUUGCAAUCUAAAGCCAUCUUGUGCACAUCUCUGCCUCAUUCCUUUCCUUAGUACCGAACCCUUUUUUCUUCCCCACCAAAGUCUAAUCAAGGGCUAAUGAUCCCACUCCACCCCUUUCUUUUUCUGGGGCUGGUGGGGUUAUGUUUUUCGUUUUCAAACUUCUUGAUGCAAAACUUGGAAGAAGGCAAUGACGGGGGUACUCUUUCAAAAGGUGGAUUUGGAGAAAAGGACACAUAGUGGGUACAUACCCUGAGGAAUUGCACUCAGGAAGGAUUUGGGCCAAGUCAACGCAACAUGUUUUGUUGCCAAUGUUUUUCUGACAUCCAUCUUUUGGCAAACUCUUUGGAUAUGGCCUCAUCCAUGAACACUAAAGAAGAUGCUGGGGCAAUGCUUUAGAUUCUUAUUCCAGCUUGCUUCUGUACUUAGACCCUUUAGCACUGCUUUCCCACAAUUAGGUUAGAAGCAGAAUUCAAACAAUCCAAGUUCUUCAUAUGGUAGUUCCUCUUCCUUCAUGGACAAGAUCCUGCUAUAAUGUUGACUAGCAAGAAAGCCUUGUUCAGAAGAAGAAUUCCAUCAACAUUCAUUAAGGCAUUUCUUUUUGCAGCUUCAGACUGUUUGAUUACUUUCCUGGUGACCAAUGUAGUAGGAAUUACUUAUGAAUAGCCUUUGCAUUGGCCCUUGCAGUUAUUUCAGUGAAUUGCAUUUUAUGCUCUGAAUAUUUCUAGGAAUGUAGCCAUAGAGUGUAAUAAAGACUUUAGAAGCUUUAUUUGGCAUAAGUGUUUAUGGAUUCUAGCCCAUGAAUUUGGUAAACUAGACCUAGGUCCUCAAAAACUUUAUACCAAAUAGAACAUCUUAAUCUUUAAGCUGUCACUAGAAUUUUUCUUUUACAGUUUCUGUUCCUGCGUGUGUGAUUAAUUACUGGUUUCCUCUAAUUCAUUAAGGCCUUUCUAUCUAGUGGGACAGAAACUAACAUUGGGACACAUCUCCGUGAGAAUCCCUCAUAAAACUUCAAGCAAUCCCAGUUGCAAAACAGUGAAAUAUCUUCAAACAUGUCCAGUUUAAAUCAGUUAUCUUUUAUGCCUCCCCAAUAUCUUGAUGAAAUGCUGUUUUAUGAAAGAACUAGUCAUUAGUGAUGUGGUGUAGUGCUUAUCGUUGGGUUCAGUUGAGAAAAGAUCAAAGUUUGACUGUUGACAUUUGCUGCUCUGAUUCAAUCCAUAAGAUGCCUUGGGAUUGUCCUGAGCAACAUGUUUUUGAAAUAGCUAGCUUGUACUCUUAAUCUUUUUAACAUAAUGCUGGAUGUUUGUAAAAUUUGUUACUCAACAAGAACAUGAGCAAACACCACAUUAUAAGGCUUUCAAGAGUAGGAGACUAUUCAGACUUCUUUGAUUUCCUCAGAUACCUCAUAAAAAACCUGGGUCAGAAACUUGUGAAAGACAGGAACCCUAGCUCCAUAAGUGCUAGUUUUCACACUAGUUUUGAAAUACACAAGAGGAUAUAUUUAGAAGUUCUGUCAUUAUUUAAUGAUCCAUGAUAACACACUGUACCCAGUGUGAAGAGGAAGCAUGUGUUUGAAGAAAAGACUUGUUCAGAGUUAUUUACUGUAGAGGUUUAUUGUGCAAAUGUCCUGUACUUGGGUGUUCAAAACUUACAAAUUGGUUAGUUGCAACUACCAAGAUUGUAGUCCUCCAAUACAAAUGUGGAUAGUAGCUGUGGCAUGCUGUUCUAGAGAAUUGAAACUGAGGCCCAGUGAACAUGACGGGGAAUGUAGGGUUGAGGUAAUUAAUGCCCAUUUAGUGGCUGUUAGGUGUGUCCUGUGGGCUCACAAUAUGGAAAUUCUAUUUGGUUCAUUCCUAAGUGCAUGAUAUAGUAGGAGUGGUUCCCAUUCCAUCUCAGUUUUAUGAUAACAAGCGAUAUCAGAUAUCUCCCUAAAAGGCAUUGAACUGGUUUCAACAAUAAGGUUAUGUGCUCACCAUAAACGAGAGGGGAUGGAGCAGAGGCUCAAGUAACAGGAGGGGCAAGGAAUAUGAAUGUAUCGAUGGGAAAAAGGUGGGGAGUGAUUGGUCCACCCUUGGUCUAUAUGACAAAAUAGCAUGUAUGAGACGGAUGUGUGAGAAAUAAAUAUUUGUGAAUUGGUUUGCAUUCUUUGUGAGAAUGUAUGUGAAGGGAAUAUUUUCUGUUAUGAAAUUGUGUGAAAAAAUGUAUAUGAGUAUAGGCAGUGUAAGUUUGCAUUCAUUGGUAUGAAAGAUAGACUGCUUCCCCUCGUUUGUUGCUGGUUCUAGCUAACAUUCACCACACGUUCCAAAAAUAAGCCUAUUAAAGGCAUUUCUUUUUUUUAGGGUCCAUGUGAUAUAGUGAAAAUCUUUAUAAAGAUCCCUUCCUGUGGAAUUCCACUGGAGUUUCUUCCUUUUUAAGCAAACUUGUAUUCUUCCUUCCUGCAGAAUCAGUGUGGAGAUUUUUAGAAUUCUGCUGAAGGUUCCAUAAUUCAGAAGAUAAUAUGGGAUCAUUGUAAGCAGAAAACUGACCAGAUCUUCAACUCUUUCACUUUCUUUAAAUUCCCUCUUCACUGUCAAAUUAUGUUGUAUUACCUCCUUUCAGAUAUGGCUUACUCCCUUCUUAUAGAGCAGAAUUUAAUAUCUUAUCCAAAAUACCCUUUGUUUUACAGUGUUCUAUAUUCUUCUGGAGUUGGGUUGAUUUUUCUCCUUCUUUGCGGUUGGGUCAAACCAUAUGUUUCUAACUACUUCUGGUGUCAAGCAGAGGCCCCGUUGUGUGAUGACAUUUUGGAUAACUUCCAUUGCCUGAUGGCAUGCAUAUACAUCAGCAGCUAUGAUUCUGUCGGUCAUCGUUUUUCUUUUGCUUGAUUUUUAAUAAUAGAAGAAAAAGAACUGUGUAUAAUAUAUAUCUGUAUUUGUAUUGAUCUGAGACUGUUUGGGAACCAACGCUGUCUCAUGUGUGAUAAAAAGAUUGAAAUAAGCCAUACACAUGGUCACACCAGCAAACCCAGACUUGGAGACAUGAAGUAGGAUGGGAAAGUCUUAUCUGUGAUUGGCUUAAUCAUAACGAAGACUUAAUCUUGUUGGGCAUUGGUUCUCAACCUGUGGGUCUCCAGGUGUUUUGGCCUGAAACUCCCAGAAAUCCCAGCCAGAUUACCAGCUGUUAGGAUUUCUGGGAGUUGAAGGCCAAACAUCUGGGGACGCACAGUUUGAGAACCACUGUUGUUGGGAAACCCCAAAUUUGUAUGUGAUUCUUUACAGGAGUGUUAGUAUCUUAGAUUUACCUUUAGCACACUCCUCAAAACAUAAAUAUUAAAAUGUGGGGUAGAACUUCUCCCCAACUUAAUAUUCUUCUCCAUGGAGAAAAUGUCCAUCCAGGAAAGUAAAUGUUUAUAGUAAUGGGUGAACCACAAUGUGCUGGUAAAUGCAAUGGCUCCUCAGUCAGUGAAUUCAGUGUGCAAAUCACUUUAUUACUCUUCUAACAUGGUACAGAGAUUGUUUUAGAAUAGGAAAAUUGUAGUAUAUGAAUCAGCAUAGAGAUUUCUGGAAUGGAGGUGAGGAAAACAACAUUUCAGCAGUAGCAGUUCUGAUCUUUUUAUAUAUAAAAAAAAUCGUAGAGAACAGCUGAGAAACUCUACAAAGCCAUUUCAGGUCAGGGUCAGAAUAUGGUUUCCAGACCUCUUGAAGGAAAGCAUGAAUAACUUGACCUAGAAAGCCUGUCCAUAACCAAGAGGCUUCCGGUACUUGCUCAUACAGUCCAUUGUCUCUUUCAGAUGUUCUCCCAGUAAUACUUUCAGGAAAUGUAAAAUAUGUGAAUUCCUUUCCGAAACUAUUGCUUGAUGAUGGCUCAAAGGUAAUUCUCCUUAGUCCUUUUCUCACCUCGGCUUCCAAAUCCAUGUACCAACAUUACUCUCUACUGUUUUAACACUGGAGACCGUUGCUUAUGUGUGGAUUUGGAUCACUUAGAAACUCCCACUGCUGGCAAAGUUUGGGAUAGCAAUUUUUAUACAUUGAGAUAGGGACAAAGUCAUGAGAACAAGCUUUCUUCUAGAAAACUGCACACGGUGGGCAGUUCCUUAAUUUUUCUGUUCUAUUUAAUUUACAAAUAAAAAAUUGGCACAUCCUUUGGAAAAUACAGGAAGACUGAAUAAGUUAAGCAAACUUUCCCUGGUGUCCAGCAUAGUAGUUAAACCUGUUGCUUUGAAACAAAAUGUUAAGAAAAUGAAGAGUUACAGAACGGUCCCUCACAUAUCUUGCUUUCCCCUGCUUCUUUCUCAUGUUCAAAAAUAAUAUUUUACACAACCUUCUGAGCAUCUGGUUAACAGUAUAACCCUAUGGCUAUUUACUCAGAAGUAAAUUCCACUGUGUUCAGCGGGGUUGACUUCAGGGAAGUGUGUACAGGACUGCAGCCUUUAUCGGGUAAAAUCAUAUGCUAUGUACAGCUAGCAAGCAAACAAAAACAUUACAGAUGAGAUGAAAACCAAACUGGUUUCAUCCAUUUAUAAGCAAAACGUCACAUUCCCACAGGCGCAAGAGUUGAUGUUGUUUAAGGGACAGAUCCAUUUGUUAUAAAGAUUCUCUUGCUGUAAUUUUUGUUUUUUCAAUAAACAGAUGUUUCCAGCUGUU